GGCUAGGGGGAAAUGGCCUGGGAAGGUCCCGUGCGGCUGCAUAAAAUUGGCAGACUCAGAACUAGGGGGAAGGCGGGUGUGCGACGUCGAGGGGCGGGGAGAGGGGGCGGAGGAGCUGCUCUCUGAAUCCAAAUCCGUAGGCCCUCAGAAAUCCUCAGGCGGGUGCAGAGGUGGCUUGGCGGGCCCAGCUGACCGUGCACCUCUGCUUUCUUUCCAUCACCUCCUUUUUCGGACUGGAAUCACGACUGCUCCCAAGGGCCCAGUCCUGGACACUAGGGUGCCACGAACGCGCUGAUGCCCGAGUGCUCACAGGGCUUCCAGCUAACCAUGCCGCAGUCCCUGGCAACUGCCUUGGCGCUGCCCCUGCUGCUGCUAUUGCUGGUGGUGCGGACGCCGCCCCCGACCGGCGCAAGGCCAUCCCCAGGCCCGGAUUACCUGCGGCGUGGCUGGCUGCGGCUACUAGCUGAGGGCGAGGGCUGCGCUCCCUGCCAGGCAGAAGAGUGCGCCGCGCCGCGCGGCUGCCUGGCGGGCUGGGUGCGCGACGUGUGCGGCUGCUGCUGGGAAUGCGCCAAUCUCGAGGGUCAGCUCUGCGAUCUGGACCCCAGUGCUCACUUCUACGGGCGCUGCGGCGAGCAGCUUGAGUGCCGGUUGGACGCAGGCGGCGACCUGAGCCGCGGAGAGGUGCCGGAGCCGCUGUGUGCCUGCCGCUUGCAGCACCCGCUCUGCGGGUCCGACGGCCGCACCUACGCCCAGAUUUGCCGGCUGCAGGAGGCCGCCCGCGCUCGGCCCGAAGCCAACCUCACUGUAGCGCACCCGGGGCCCUGCGAAUCGGAGCCCCAGAUUGUGUCACACCCAUACGACAUUUGGAAUGUGACAGGGCAGGACGUGAUCUUUGGCUGUGAGGUGUUUGCCUACCCCAUGGCCUCCAUCGAGUGGAGGAAGGACGGCUUGGACAUCCAGCUGCCAGGAGAUGACCCCCACAUCUCUGUGCAGUUUAGGGGAGGACCCCAGAAGUUUGAGGUGACUGGUUGGCUGCAGAUCCAGGCUGUGCGUCCCAGUGAUGAGGGCACCUACCGCUGCCUUGCCCGCAAUGCCUUGGGUCAGGUCGAGGCUCCUGCUAGCCUGACAGUGCUCACACCAGAUCAGCUGAACUCUACAGGCAUCCCCCAGCUGCGGUCACUAAACCUGGCUCCUGAGGAGGAGGCUGAGAGUGAAGACAGCGAGGAUUACUACUAGGUCCAGAGCUUGGGCUCAUUGGGGUGGGUGAGCAGGCAUGAGCUCAAUCCCUGCUCUUAAAAAGACCUGGAAAGGGGGAACAGGGUCCCUUCAUGGAUUGACUUUAAUGCUCUUAGUAGGGGUGAUCAUGGUGGUUGGGGGUCUACUUGUCUCCAGGGUAGAAGGGGGUGGUAGGGGAGAGAGAGAAGCUGAAGGAGGGUAGGGAGAGAGGCAGAGACUAGGAGAGCUGGUGUGCAAAGGGGCCCCUGCAGGAGACGCACAGCACGGGGGUCCUCCACCUCUUUCCAGCAGCCCUCCGGCCAGCCCUGCUCAGCCAGUCUCUUCUAACUGCCCUUCCCCAACGGCCCUGUUCCUGCUGUUUUCCUGGUCCCUAACCUUUACCUAGCCUGUCUUCUAGAAGUUUUCCCUCUCUCCUAAGUCCUUUUUGCACUUCCUAACUGCAUGCCGUCUUUUGUACAAGAAAACAGAGUGGAGCACUUAGUUCCCUGCAGUAAGAUGGGCAGGGCCAGCUCCAUAUUUUAUACCACUCUAUUAGACAAAGCCUAGCACAGGACUAGGCACAGUAAGCACCAAUAAAGAUUUACAAAUGAACUGAGCCACACAGAUGCAGAGAUUUCAUGCAGAUGUGCACAUGAAGAUCAAAUAUCCCUGGGAGGCCUCCCACACUAAUAGGACACUGACUUGCAGAAGUGCAGGUCCUGCUCUCUAAGCACGUGGUUGCCAGAUGUACAGAGGGAAGGCUUGAGCCCUCUAGGGGGAGAAAGUGGAGCC